AUGGCCCCCACAGCCCGUCACAGGCUUCCGAUUGAGCUCAUAGAGUCAGUUAUCGAAGCCGUCGACUCUCAUGAGGAUCUUCUCUCAUUCGCGCUUACCUGCUCAUAUCUCUACAAUCACAUUCAACAAAGUGGCUACCUGCAGUACCGCGAACUCAUCGUGUCCGCGGGCCAUAUUCACUUGUGGAAUCACCUUAUCGAGAAUCCCGCUCAUGCCGCCCAAGUCCGUGUCUUGACGAUCUAUGAUAUCUGGUACCAAGGACAUAUCCACCGCACCUCCUUCCGUGUACCCUCGGACGUCAGCAGGAACACAGCCUCUGAGUGGCUUGAUGCUCGGGAACGGCUCGUAGCCUGCCUUCCUCUCUUUACCGGUCUGGGAGCCAUCACUAUAUUUUCUCGUAAGGGAGCGUACCCUGCCGAGGAUGAUCUACAAGCUACGCUGUGCCGUCAGUGGAAUAGCUCUAUUCGGUCUCUGACGGUGAGAGUGAUGGAUCAAUUCCCGCUCGAUAUGGACAGCCUCAUUUGGUACAUACGCGACCUACGAGAGCUUGACUUGUCAUUACCUUCGACUCUCGGUGCGAACAUCACGUUGGGGACAGAGGUUUGGCCCAGGUUCUGCGCCAUGCUUGCUCUGAACCCUCGUCUGGAGGUUCUUCGAAUUCCCCCAUUCCGAGGCGACGCACCACCUCGCACGCCCUUGCCUCACUUACCCCAUCUGCGCACCCUGCACAUCGCAGAGCAAGACGCAUCUACCGCCAUACAACUCGCCUUCUACGCUGCAGCGCAUCCCUUGAUCACCGAGUUCUCGUGGGACACUACGUUAGACGUGGCCAUUACGAACGCACCAAAUCUUCCUCGUCUUGAGCGGCUGAUCGAUACAAGUCCGGCGUUCGUCAAUGCUAUGCUCUCCGGGAGAACAUCUGCGAGUGUGCGCCUUACGAAGCUCGGUCGCUUCGAGCUGACAGCGGACACGCUUCCCGUAUUGCGCGCCGUGAGCGCUUCGUCCCUUCGCGCGCUCACUCUGUCCAGCGUUGAUUCGCACAGAACCCUCGCCGCAUUAGCCACCAUGUUCCCCGAUAUCAAAGAGCUCCAUAUGCCCAUGAGACUGGACAACGAUAACGGCUGGAUCUCUAGGAUCAUGAGAUCGCCGGGGAUAACGCUCGAGGAAGCUUUACGCCUCUUCCCGAGGCUGUGCAUCGUCUCAGGCGUCAUGCACGUCUUACCACAGUCGGCCGCGAGAGUCAAGGCCCGGGGUGCUUAUCCAUGUCUACGUCGCGUCAAUGGGACACGUGUUGACGAGCUUUAG